CAGUGGCUCGUGUCUCCGGCCAGAAAGCAGCAGCUGACAGAGAGCUCGGUGAUCAGGCAGGAACAUGCCGCUGGGCUCCUCCGGAUGUUUGGAUCCUCCUGCUGCGGGUUCGCUGACAGGAGAACUUCUGGCGCCCUGAAGGAAGACAGAUGAAUGAGUCAGGAUUAGGCUGCAGCUCGGUCACCAUCCGCCUAUUCCUCUGGGUGUUUUCUUCCCUGGAUCCAGCCUUCCUGGAUCUACCGUUGAGGAUCCAGGUCUGCAGACCGAGGGAGGGCUGCAGACACAAAGAGGCUCACCUCUAACCCCCCCCCCCCCCUCAGUCUGUCUGCUCAUAUAUCCCACCAUUGAGAAGUUUCAGUCCAUUUCCUCUGGUUGCAUCGGAAAAGCUGGGAUGCUGUGAUUAGUUUUCAUUCUGAGGAGGAAGCAGAUCCAUCCGGAGCGUCUUCAUGCAAAGCCUGUGCAGGAUCAAGAUGCAAUUCCGGACGGUGCUGGACGUGAAAGUUGUGGACGUGGAGAAGAGGCGGAAUCCGUCCAAGCACUACGUGUAUGUCAUCAAUGUCACCUACUCUGACAACACGUCUCACAUCAUCUACCGAAGAUACAGCAAAUUCUUCGACCUGCAGAUGCAGCUACUUGACAAGUUCCCAAUCGAGGGAGGGCAAAAAGAUCCGAAGAAGAGGAUCAUCCCAUUUCUCCCAGGCAAAAUCCUGUUCCGGAGGAGUCAUGUGCGAGACGUGGCCAUGAAGCGGCUGCGUUUCAUCGAUGACUACUGCAGGGCUCUGGUGAGACUCCCUCCUCACAUCUCUCAGAGCGAGGAGGUGCUUCACUUCUUCGAGACAAAAGCCGAGGACAUCAACCCCCCAGUGGAGGACUAUGGCUCCAAGCGCAAGUCCGUGUGGAUGUACGGCUUUACAGACAGCCCGAGGAAAGAGGCCUCAGGGAUUGACGGCUCAGAGCCCAUGGUGCUGGAGCAGUACGUGGCCGUGGCCAACUACGAGAGGCAAGAGAACUCUGAGAUCAACCUCAAGGCCGGCGAGACUGUGGACGUGAUUGAGAAGAGCGAAAGUGGUUGGUGGUUCGUCAGCACAUCUGAGCAGCAGGGAUGGGUCCCGGCCACAUACCUCGACUCCCAAAAUGGGACCAGAGACGAUUCAGAUCUGGCCACCUCCAGGACCGGAGAAGUCACUAAGAGAAGGAAGGCUCAUCUGAAGAGGCUGGACCGCCGCUGGACCCUCGGUGGUAUCGUUAACCGCCAGCAGAGCAGAGAGGAGAAAUAUUUGACUGUCCAGCCGUACACCAGCCAGGGGGCGGAUGAAGUGAGCUUUGAGAAAGGGGUCACCGUGGAGGUAAUCCAGAAGAACCUGGAGGGCUGGUGGUACAUCAGAUAUUUAGGGAAAGAAGGAUGGGCCCCAGCUUCCUACUUAAAGAAACUAAAAGAUGACUUCUCGCCUCGCAAAAAGACCCUGACAGGCCCCGUGGAGAUCAUCGGAAACAUCAUGGAGAUCAGCAACCUGCUGCAGAAAAAGUCGGUCAGCGAGAAGGACAUCCAGACAGACGCGGAAGGAGGCACCACGCUGGAACGCCACAUCAACAAGAGCGAGAUCAGCCUGCCCAUGCCCUACAACUCCGAAAUCAAUGCUGAGACGGGCAGGAGGCUCAGCGCCGGCCGGGACACCAACAGCCCCUGCCUGGGGAUAGCCGCCAGUUCUGCUCUCAGUGAGAAUAAAGCCAGAGGAGAACCCGGGUCCCCAGCUGUAGCACGAGUGGCUCCACACAGAGUGGAGAUAGGCUUCGAAGCUGUAGGGUCUCCAAAUCUGAGGCAGAAACCUCCUCCGAGAAGAGAAGCCAACCUGGGCCUUCAGUUACCCAAGCCACCAGAGCCCCCUGCUGUGGAAGCGGAGUAUUACACCAUAGCAGAUUUCCAGUCCUCCAUCUCUGAUGGCAUCAGUUUCCGUGGAGGACAAAAGGCUGAUGUUAUAGAGAAGAACCCAGGAGGUUGGUGGUAUGUGCAGAUUGGGGAGAUGGAGGGCUGGGCCCCCUGCUCAUACAUCGACAAGCGCAAGAAGCCCAACCUCAGCAGACGGAGCAGCACUCUGACUCGACCCAAGGUUCCCCCGCCAGCUCCUCCGGUGAAAAAACAGGACUCUGAGGAGGCUCCUCAACAUCAAAAUCCUGUCAUUAAAGCCCCAGAGCAGCAAGGCAGACAAGUGUUUGAGGAACCGGAAUACGAUAUCCCUGCAGUCGGAUGUGAGGGCGAAUCUGACGCUGAGUUUCUGAAGAACGAGCGCUCUCAAGAGCUGAAAACCAACAAUGCGGUCACCGAAAAGUACCAUAGCUCCCCUCCUUCAAGUAAAGCUCCGGCUCCAGUAUGUAAAGCAUCCCCGGUUUUCGCUCAUCGGAGAACCUCGUUCAGGUCUGUGGAGGAGGUCAGUAAAGAGGAAUGUAUCUAUGAAAACGACGGCUUCAGGCUGAACAGUGGGAGUGAAGGAACCAGAGUUAAAGGCUCCAGCGAACCCAGUUCCCCUCGGAGCUACCAUUCCUCAACAGUCCCACGGAAACCCUCUGGAUCUUCCCCUUUAGCUGGUUUAUCCAGGAAAACCGUCACCCCAGUGAUGAGCAGAAGAAGCCAGACUCUAGGCAGACAUGUAGACAUGCGGUCUCAGGACAGCAGCCCUCACUCUUCAUCCGACGAACAGGGUAGAGGAAUAAAGAAUAGUCCUGCCCUAAAACGAGAUGUGGAAACAAGAAUUGGCCAAAGCCCGUCCACCAGACCCAAGCCCUCUGUCAGACCUAAGCCCCUCCUGACCAAGUCAGAACCCCAGAGUCCUGAGAGAAUGGACAUCAGCUCUCUGAGACGGCAGCUAAGGCCUGCCAGUCAGUAUCAGCACAGCCUCAAACCGACCCGUGGAGACGACUCGGAAACAGCCUCUGUCAUCUCCUCAGAGGGCUCCAUGUGUUCCCGCAGUACGUCUGAUCUGUCCUCUGUAUACUCUAAAGGGAGCCGAGGUGACUCAGACAUGGAAGGCCCAGCUGUGUACCGCUCUGUAGAUGUUUACAAGAAGGUCCAGGACUCUGAGAUCAGCUUUCCAGCCGGGGUGGAGGUGGAGGUUCUGGAGAAGCAGGAGAGUGGGUGGUGGUACGUCCGCUGGGGCUCAGAGGAGGGCUGGGCUCCCUCCUACUACCUUGAACCUGUCAAGAAGAUGGCUGAUGUCAGCAUGUUGGAUUCGAACGGAAAGAGAAACGGGGGCAAAAAGUCCAAUAGCCUGGAGAAGAAUGAGCAGCAUGUUCUGGCUCUGAACAACAUCAACAUUCAGGGUCUAACCCAGCAGCACCAAGGUCUGAGAGGGAAUUCUCCACCAAUUCCUUCAAAGCCCCCAGGAGGGUUCUCUAAGCCCUCUGGAUUGGUAAACGGAGGUGUACGGAUGAGGAACGGCGUACGGCAGGUGGCGGUGAGACCCCAGUCCGUUUUUGUGACCACAUCACAGACGUCUAAGGAUUCCCACUACAUGACCGGUUCCUUGAGAAGAAACGAGUCCCUCGGCAGAAGCGACCACUACAGCUCCGGUUCAGCAACUCUUGGAGUUCGCAGGAAUGCCUCUUUCAGUACCGUCCGUCCACACGUCGUUGUCGAGAGCCAGACGAGGCCCGUUGAGCGCUCCGGACUGGGCUGCUCAGGAAGCGCCUUCAGCACCAACAACGUCCCGGACGCCCUGAGCAGAGUCAGCCAGCGCAACGGGAUCCCCGUGUCCACCGUCCGCCCAAAGCCCAUCGAGAAGAGCCAGCUCAUCCACAACAACCUCGGCAGGGACGUGUACGUGUCCAUCGCAGACUACCGUGGCGACGAGGAGACGAUGGGUUUCACUGAAGGAACAUAUCUGGAGGUGUUGGAGAGAAACCCCAAUGGAUGGUGGUACUGCCAGGUACAGGACAGCCUGCUGCCCCGCAAGGGCUGGGUCCCGUCUAACUACCUGGAGCGGAAAAAAUAGAACCAGGAGCUUCACUACAGCUGAUGUCCUCAUUAAGCCAGGGGCGGAGAGUCCCUACGAAUGUUAACCACAAUCCCCCUGAAGCAAUAUGUCCUUGAUAAUGUACUUAUGAAAAGGAGGAGAAGGAGAUGGAAGGGAUGUUUUUUAGUGUUGGUUUACAGAUAAGUUUUCAGAGAAUGAGAGAAACUAGACCUAAAACUUGAAGACCUUUGAGGCAGCAAGGCUGUGGAGGACAUUGAUGUACCGAGGAAGAGCGAAACCUCUUAAAGCCAAGCAGGAUACUGGCUCGCUGAUAACAAUGGCCAAUAAGUGCCUUUUGUGUUUGACCACCCGGCGGCAGAAAUUUGAAUCAACCAAAUCUUUUUUUUUUUUUUUUCAAUGAGUGCCAUAGUCCUGCGAACACCACCAAGAGUAUUACCAUUAGCUAUUGAGAGAUCCGUUAUUGAGUCCAAACAGUUUCUGUCCAGAAUCCAAUAACUGGCCUAAUGAACCAAAUGAAGAACAUUAAUUCAUUAAGGAGAUUUUGUUUUUUCAUGAAUGCCUCUGUUAUAUUGUUGCGUUUGAUGCAAGUCUUCCUCUGAGAAUUAUUUCUGCCGUCUUGAAACAUCUGAUUGAAGUUCAAGCUAACUCUGAACAAACAAAAAGGGUUGAAAAAAUGUUUAUGUUUGCACAAAUUGGCACAAAGCGAUGAAUACAUUCCUCAAAGAUGUGAUGAUCUUCAGAUAUAUACUAUAUAUAAAAGCUUUUUCCUUUAAGACCAAAAACCCAUUGCAAAAUAAUUACUUUAAAAAGAGUUUUAGCUCCAGGAUAUUUUGGUUUCUGAUUGUAUUUUUGUUUUUAUGUGCAUAAAAUAAAGCUGCUGUUGGUGCAAAAUGUCAAAUAAAUGCUGGAAGUGAGAAAUAAAAAUAUCCCAGGGACACACUAAAAUGUGAACACACCAAAGAGGAGCUUCUUUUCAUUGGGAAAAAACAUAUUUUUCUGUAUUAUCUAUUAUUUAUGGAUUAAAUUGGAACGCAUUGAGUAUUAAAAUAAGGACACUUUUACUUUGUUCCUGGAAUUGACUUGAGCUGUUUUCACAAAAUUAUAAAACCAAGGAAACAUUAUAUCAAGAUAUUUAAUAUUGGUUUCUCUUACAUUUAUAUUAGUUUAGACGCUUUUAUUCAGUAAAGUUUCUUAAUCUCCUUAAAUAAAACUUAGCAAUUAUGGAAAAACACAUCAUAUGAAUAUCCCACCACCAGAGUUAUUAUUGAACUUACAGAUUUAUUGACUGAUGUUCAAGACUGCUGAAAUACAUUUUCUAACACACCCUUUAGGCUACAUGUGUGUUUUAUUUUAUUUAUGUUUCUGCUGGACAGUAUCAUAAUCCUUAACAAAGUACAUUAACUGCUCAAAGUUUAUUUCAACAAAACCAUACCAUUAUUCUUUGCUCUGUGAUCACACAACGUCAAUAAUGAAGAAUGAAGUUGUUCUGUUUUGUGAAAUUAAUGCACUUUAAAACAUUUUUUUAUGGUGCAUUAAUGUAAAGAUGCAGUAAGUACUCAGCAUAUUAUUUAUUACAUAUUUUUUGUUUAAGUAUUUAAAUAUUUCAGCUCCAAUGCUGCGUCAGCUGUUUUGGUACAAUUGGUGAAACAGAGACCUCUUGUGGAGGCUGUGAGGUACUACAUCAUUUGCUACCUCAGUGCAAAAAUAAAAUGCACUGCUGGUCAGUGAGUAUCUCCAAGAAAUCUUUAUUGUUCCUUUUAAUCAAAGUGCAGCUAAAUUUACUUGAUUAAUUUGUUACUAUUUAAUUUCUCUUAUCGGGCACUAAUUUAUUUUCAUUUAUUUAUGCUGUGGCCUGCAACUUUAGCAAAUCACGAGCACUUCUUUCAGCUUUAUUGGUCUUUACAUAAUGCCUGAUUUAAAGCAUAUUUAUUAUGAGAUUUAGAUUUUUUUUUUUUUCUUGCAUGAUUUGACAGUCAGCAUAUUCACUUUGUUAAAGGAUCUUCCCAUCAGAAUGAUCUGACUCUCUGCCUCAUUCAGAGUUUAAUACUAUAUCGCAAGGGAUGGUGUAAUGGAAACAAAGAAUUAUGGAUGGAUGGAAUUGGAGUUUGGUUUUGUAGGAAUAAGGGAACUUUUCCUCCCUGCUUUGCUGAUCUUUUAACCUCCAGCCUUCAUGAGUUACCAUUAUAGUUAAAAGUACAAGAUCCUGAUAUCAAGGCACUGAAAUUAGGUUCCUUCAAGCAAGGAUUCAAAAUGAAAUGGACUUGGUUUCCAGUGUAAAGGAUCUUUUUUAUUGUCACCCUUUACAACCAUCUUUAUAGGGCUUUAAUGUGAAAAGUCAACACUGAGUAAAGCAUAACUGCUACGUGGAAGGAGGUGUAGGCUUUGCACACUAUGUAAUAGAAGCGAUUAGAACUCUAUGCUGAGGGCCUCUGGCUAUCUGCUGCCCUUACCUUUCAUCCUAACAAGCAACCAAUCAUUAACGGCUUCUAGUGCCAUGAAACCCUAAAAUUAAUAACCAGAAAGGUGUUAAACACAUUUUAUUGCAGUUACUGUAAAAAAUAUGGAAAAUUGUUUUUCUUUCCAAAUGAGCUCAGUCUAACUGGACAUUGACUCGGCCAUUUUAGUACCUGUAUGGGCUUUGAUUGUAGCUCCAGUCUUAAUAUUAAGGGUUGUUGGAAGAGGAACCGUUGCCCUAAUUUGACAGAUUUUACCCAUAAUUGGAUUUCCACUUAUUGCCCCUCUGAUUGGGUUAUAGAUUAGAUCAUGUUUUGGAUUUUUGUGUUGAAACUUCUAUUUCUACUGCAUCCUGCUAUCAGAUUCUCCCACCUGAGCCUUGAAUCUCUGCAGCUCUCGACCAUCAGUGCUCUUCUUACUCACCAUCUCCACUUAGAGGGAAUUUUAGACCAGGGCUCUGCAAAGAGCCAUUUGGUCACAAGUCCAGCUAAAUAAAAGUUGUUUAGAGCUGCAAAAAUGACAUGACCUUUUCAUGAAACUCAACUUAUUUUCCUUUGCAGAAAAGUUGUUAAAUUUCACAACAGACAGCAGUUUAUUUUCAUUUCUUAGUUUUUAAAUCAGUAAGAAUAAAGUAGAAACACAUAUUUUAUUCGACAGGAUUAUUUAAUGUCCAAAAAAAAGAACAAAAAAAAAACAACAACACAUAAUUUCCAAGGUAAUUACAAGACAAAUAGACUUGAAAACAUAUUCGGUUGUAAAAAUUCCCUUCAGAUGUUCUCAAAACUUCUAAGGUAUAUGUUAUUAUACUAUUUUGAAAGCUAUUAGGCUCCCAUAGAGCCACUUGUGGCUCAACAGCUCCAGGUUACAGAUGAUGGUUUGACCGGAGGUUGUUCUGGAGCCUAAUGCCGCCCUGCUCAUUGAUCUUCAUGAUCCUGUUUUUUCUCUACAAUCAUAACAAACCAGAAUCAGAACAGCUGCUUACUCAACUUAAACGUCUCUGAUGUGGAUCCUGAGCUUCUAAAAGUUCUACAUUCAUGCUCUACUUAGUGUUGGCCUUUUUACAUGAACCCAUAUGCCUCCCAAAAGCAUCAAGGUUUGGAUGAUGACAAACUGUAAAAAAAAAAAAGAAAUAUAUGGGUUUUACCUUUUUGAUCUAAACCAUGAUAGGCUGGGAUUAAUUUGGACUUUAAGGGAAAAUAAACAUCCAGAUUUGAUUUAGCCUUUUAACUGAAACCACAGUGAAGAUGCUGAUUGGUCCAUUUAAGACGAAGGCAUUAUGUAACGUGUUGAAUCACUCGAGCUCAUUUUUACGUCAGCAUAUCGCUUUGUUUGAUCGCUUUGAACCUUUUGUUUAAAGGGAAUAUUUCUCUACCAAAUCUUCAAUUGUUUGUGCAGCAUUUAUCUACGCUUUAAAUUUCUCCCCUGUUUCUUUCUUUUUUCUUUUUUUGUAUUUGUCAAAAGUUGAAAUGUAACCCGUGAGGAUAUGUGCAAUAGACAGAACAGUGCUGCAGAUGUCUGCUGUGGACUGAUGUCCUGGAUCUGACCGCCGGUGCUGAGCUUGUCUGAAAUAAAAACACAUCGGACCAAA